GAUGAAACGAAUUGUAUUGUUAACAUAUUUGUGCAUAUACACAUUUGCUACUGAUUCUGUUAAAGAUUUCGAAUUCUUGACUCAAAGUGAUUAUGGGAAAAAAGUAUUAAAAGAAUAAUAGCUAGUUCUGAAAUCUAGUUCAAGUAUUUUAUAUAAAUAAUUAUCAAGACCCUGUCGAUUUGAUAAUUAAUUUAAAUCAUUUUGAAUCUGAGCUUGUAAUGGAUAGUGAAAAGACAAUGAAAGAGUAUUAGACUGUAUAUACAAGCAGUAUGAAUUUUCAAAAUUUAUAAAAUAGAUAUUGAGAGAAAAUAAGCAUUGAAAUAAAAGAUCUUUUUAUCAAAAUAUUAAUUAUAGAAUGUUGGUGAAGAACUUACAAUUGUAACAAAAGAAAAAGAAUUUUCAGAAAAAAUAUAUGAAGAAAGAAAAAGAUUAUUAACAGAAGAGAAUAAAUUUGUACCAUAAAUGCAAGCUAUUCGUAAUGAUGAAGUAUGUUUAAAAUAAAUUAUAUAAUAGAUUGAUAAACUCUAAAAUUUAAAAAAGGAAAUUAAUCAAACUUCCAAAGUCAUUAAUUAAUUUAUAUAACACUUUUAAGGAUUAGCUCAUUUCUUAUCAAAGAAACCAGAUUUAAAUGAAUCACCAGCAUUCUUAGCUAAUAAUAAAUAGAAUGAUGAAUUAAAUAAAUUUAAAUCAAUGUGCAAUGAUAUUAGAAAUGAUUUAGAUACUGUUGUUAUUGAUAAUCCUUAUACUUUAGUGUUAUGUAUAUAUAUUAUUUAAUGUUCAAAGUUUCAUUAAAGCCAUUAUUGGCUACUGAAAAUGCUCAUUUGAUUGAAGAAGUUCCUUAAUUAUUAAAGACAUUAUUACUUGCUUUAGAAUCAAGUUCUGAAGAAAUUGAAGCUGUUAGUAAUGAGAGAUAAGAAUUAUUUAAUAUUGAAAAAAAUGAACUUAAAAAAGAUGUUGAUAAAAGAUCGGCUGAAGUAUUAAAUCAUAAUUUAAUUUAAUAUAGUGUGAUUAAAUUAAAUAAAUAUUUGAAAGAUCUUCAAUUGAUUUAGAAAAGUUAACAAAUUAAUAAAGUGAUUUGAAAAAAAAGAUUACUUAAUUAUAGACAGAAUAAGAAUAAUUAUAAUCUGAUAUGGAAGGAUAAUAAGUAUAAAUAUUAUUUUAUCAAAUAGAGAGAAUAUAGAAAUAAAUUAAAGAAUAAUUUAGCCAACUUAGGUUUGAUUAGGAAAAUUAAGUACUUGUUAAGUUAAAACAAUAAAGGUUAUUUGCAAUUCAUUAAAAAUCAGAAAUGA